CAGAAAAUUUUUAUAGCAACAUUACACUAAAACAAAAUUAACAACUUUUACAGGGGUACCUCCGAAAAAAAUCCUCUCGUCGGUGUUCCAAGGUUGAAGACAACCAUAUAUCAAUGACAUCAUCGAUCCACGUGACUCGCACGUGACUUCGCAGACCUCCAAAAACUCUCUCCCCGUUUUACCCCUCCUCCAUCGUCGUCGCCACCACCGCCAUCACAACCGACUCCUCCUCCAUCUCCUCCGAUUUCGCCGGCGCUCAAAACCCUAAUCCUAGAUCUCGGAAGCUCCUCCUAUGGUCAUUGUCCGCCAGAUCUCUUGAUUCUUAUCCCGAUUCUUGAUAAAAAACGAGAGCUUUUCAUGGAUGCGGUCUCGAUCCGGGUGCCGUACCGGAACCUGAAAGAGGCGGAGCUGGAGCUGGAGAUGGGUCAUCUAAACGGAGAUCCGUCUGGGGAGAUCCAUGAUCUAGGUUCCAGGCCAUCCGGUGGACUCCCGCCAUCCUUCCCUUCUGCUUCCCCUUCGUCUCCGGAUGAGUAUGGUUCUUCCGAUGCCAGCCAUCGAUCGCAGCCUCGUAGUAGCAUGAAGACUUUGGUUCUUAGUUGUAUAGUCGCUGCCGGGGUUCAGUUUGGCUGGGCUUUGCAGCUCUCGCUCCUGACACCUUACAUUCAGACACUGGGAAUAGAGCAUGCAUUUUCCUCAUUCAUUUGGCUUUGUGGUCCCAUUACUGGCUUCAUAGUUCAACCAUGUGUUGGUAUAUGGAGUGAUAAGUGCACUUUAAAAUUGGGAAGACGCCGGCCAUUUAUUCUUGCUGGAUCUCUAAUGAUUUCUUUUGCUGUCAUUUUAAUUGGGUUUGCUGCAGACAUUGGGUACCUCCUGGGAGAUACUGAUCAAGAUUGUCGUUCCUAUAAAGGGCCUCGGUGGCGAGCGGCUGCUAUAUUUGUGAUUGGCUUUUGGAUGCUAGACCUUGCUAACAACACAGUUCAGGGUCCCGCUCGUGCCCUUCUCGCAGACCUCUCAGGGCCUGAUCAGUGCAAUUCUGCGAAUGCAAUAUUUUGCUCUUGGAUGGCUCUUGGAAACAUUCUUGGAUUUUCGUCUGGUGCCAAUGGGAACUGGCACAGGUGGUUCCCUUUCUUGACUACGAAAGCUUGCUGUGAAGCCUGUGGAAAUUUGAAGGCAGCCUUUUUAGUUGCUGUGAUCUUCCUAAUGUUUUGUACAUUCGUCACUCUAUACUUUGCUAAAGAAGUCCCUCUAGAAGCAAAACCAACGCAACAAUUUUCUGAUGGUGCACCUCUACUGAAUGAUAAACAGCAGCAUGGCCAUAGAGGAUCCCCAACAAACUCACCAAAACUUGAGAAUGGUGAAAAAUUGUCAGUGGAUUUGAUGGCUGAUAAAGCUAGCUCUAGAAAUCCGUCAAAUUUUGACCGCAAUGCAAAGAAUGACGAAAUGGAAGCAUUAAGUGAUGGUCCAGGAGCAGUUUUGGUGAAACUUUUAACAAGUUUGAGGCAUUUACCACCUGGGAUGUAUUCUGUGCUUCUCGUUAUGGCUCUUACUUGGUCAUCAUGGUUUCCCUUUUUUCUUUUUGAUACUGAUUGGAUGGGCCGUGAAGUAUACCGUGGGGAUCCAUCAGGCACUGAAUCAGAAAUAGGAUCCUACCAAAAGGGUGUCAGAGAUGGUGCAUUUGGUUUGCUCCUAAAUUCAGUUGUUCUUUUGGUAGCCUCUUUCCUCAUUGAUCCAAUAUGUCGGCGAAUGGGUGCCCGGAUGGUAUGGGCGAUGAGCAACUUCAUUGUGUUCAUCUGCAUGGCAGCCACCACAAUCAUAAGUUUGUGGUCUAUCAAUGAACAUUUGACAGGGAUUCAGCAUGUUGUUGGAGCAAAUAAGGCAGUUAGGGUUGGAGCUCUGGUUAUAUUCUCACUUCUUGGAUUUCCUUUAGCGAUUACAUACAGUGUCCCAUUCUCUGUAACUGCUGAGUUGACUGCCGAUAGUGGAGGUGGACAAGGAUUGGCUACUGGGGUGUUAAAUCUUGCUAUUGUCAUUCCUCAGAUGGUCGUAGCUCUCGGAGCAGGCCCCUGGGAUGCUCUCUUUGGAGGAGGGAACAUUCCUGCCUUUGCGCUAGCCUCUGCUUUCGCCUUGGCAGCUAGUUUUCUCGCAUUUAAAAGGCUACCGACACUUUCAGGCUCCUACAGUUCUGUCGGCUUCCAUGGUUUCGGUUAAGUUCAUAUUAUAAUUACUACCUAAAGACGAAGACGACGGCCACAAGAAGUUUGUAAGUCUUAAAAGUUCUAAGAUCCAUUCAUAUUCAUUUAUAUCGACAUUCUUCUUCUCUGCUGCAUAUAGAGCUGAUAUAUAGGAAUUUUUUCCGACUCGUAAAAGCAUUAGAAAUGGGUGUAUAUGUAUAGCCUGGUGUCUUAUAGUCAAUUUUUUGUAACCAUGUAUCAUAACUGUGUCCGAUGACCUUUUUACCAGAGUUACUAUUUCUUU